UGAGUGGCGUACACAAUUGAAAGAUAAACUUGGAGCAAUCCAAUUAAUCAAUGAUCCAAUUCAAACCCUCUUACCAAAAUGAGAAAGCCAAAGCCAGUCAAAACUCCAAAUGACCCUCCAAAUUCCCAACUUCCCUUCUCUCUCCCUCAGUCCCUCUCACCAGAGUUCUCAAAACUCCGACAACCAUGGCCGAUCAACCUUCACCCUCUGAAACCCACCAUUGCCAACACCAUGAACAACCCCUGAUUCCAGCUCUCUCAAACGACGUCGCACUGCAAUGCUUAGCUCGAGUUCCUCGUUCCCACCACCCUUUCCUCUCUCUUGUCAGCAAAUCAUGGCGGUCCAUUCUACGUUCUCCUCUCUUCCACGCUACUCGCUGUGCACUCAACACCACCCAAUCAUUCCUCUUCAUCAACCUUCGCAUCUUCAACUCCAAAGAUUCAUCCUUCUCUUUCAGAUGGUACUCUCUAGACCCUUCUACAUUUUUCCCCAAAACUCAAAUCAAUCACAUCCCAAGAACCCUAAUCCCAAUUAAUCCCUCCCCAUCUCACCCUAUUGGGGCUUCUUUUGUUUCAUUAGGUCGCCAUUUGUAUGUGAUUGGUGGGUCUAUCAAUGAUAUCCCUUCCCCUAAUUUAUGGGUUCUUGAUUGUUUGUCUAAUAAAUGGGAAAUGGGUCCUAAAAUGAGGGUUGGGAGGGAAUUUGCUGCUUCUGGGGUGAUUGAUGGGAAGAUUUAUGUGUUGGGGGGUUGUGUUGUGGAUAAUUGGGCUAGGUCUAUGAACUGGGCUGAGGUUUUUGAUCCGAUUAGCGGGUUGUGGAAGCCUGUUCGGAGUCCGAUUGAGGUGAAGGAGAAGUGGAUGCACGCUAGUGCUGUAGUGGAUGGAAGAUUGUAUGCAAUGGCUGAUAGGGGUGGGGUGAUUUUCGACCCGGGGUUGGAGGAGUGGGGAUUGGUGUCAACAGAGCUCGAUUUGGGGUGGAGGGGGCGGGCCGCUGUGGUGGAUGGAGUGUUGUAUUGUUAUGAUUAUUUGGGGAAGAUUAGAGGGUUUGAUGUUGGGGAGAAUGAGUGGAAGGAGUUGAAAGGAGUGGAUAACAGUUUACCUAAGUUCUUGUGUGGUGCUACUAUGGCUAAUGUGGGUGGGAGGUUGUUUGUGGUGUGGGAAGGGAAAGCGAACCAGAAUGCGAAUGGGAAUGGGGGCUGGAGUGGGCAGGAAAUAGAGGUGCUUUGUGCUGAGAUUUUGGUGAGGAAGAAUGAAUUAGGGGAAUUAUGGGGGUCGAUUGUGUGGUCGGAUGUGAUCAUUGUUAUUCCCAAAGGGUCCUCUGUUGUGCAUUGCUUGGAUGUUCAUUUAUGAGUUUCUCACUAUUCUCAGGAGUAAUAUCAUACUUGUCCCCGCUUAGGCUGUGUCAUUGAUAAUGGUAUCAGUGAAGGUCAAAUGAGGCUGAAGCAUAAGCAUUUGGCCAUGCCUUCAUUCACAUCUGAAGCAAAAUUUCCAGAGCCUGUGUAAGUCUCUACAU